AUGGCUCUCAGCCCCCAAAUAACGAACCUGAUCAUCAUCUUUGGUAUGAUGCAGGUUUCAAAGAAGAUUCCCUUCGAUGACCCGAAUGUGCUCAACAUGUGCCGCGCCGCCUACCUGGCCAGCAACCUGAUCAUCCUGUGCAUCUCGCUCUACAUCAAAUCUGUCGUGGACAAGAAAAAGGACAUGACCACCCUCAAGUAUAUUGAGCCUGCCCCCCCAGGCUCGAGUGAGGAAGGCAAGCUUGUCACGACCACCGUCCAUGCCUACGAUGUUGAGCAGGUCAAGAUCCUCAUUAAGAGCCAGCUCUUUGGCAUCGGCAUGAUGGCAUUCAUGCACCUGUACCUCAAGUACACCAACCCGCUUCUUAUCCAGAGCAUUAUUCCCCUCAAGGGUGCUCUCGAGUCCAACAUGGCCAAGAUCCAUCUCUGGGGCAUGCCUGCCACGGGAGAUCUCAAGCGUCCCUUCAAGCAGCCGGGUGGCCUCCUGGGUGGCCUUUUUGGCCAGUCUGUGCAAGCCGACAAAAAAGCCGUUGAAGCUGCCGAGCGCGCUGGCCGUGGCGGCGUUAAGGAGGAGUAA